AUGUGUGAUAGAAAACUAAAAAUUCGCCGUCAGUGUCAUUCAACAACUCAGUCACACAAAGAAUCAACUUAUUCUGGAAGUUAUCCGAAAUCAGACACUAGUAUUGAUCCCAAUAGACUAAAAGAAGGCAAAAAUAAUUUAAAAGAUCAGGGAUGUUUUGAUCCUAAAAAUCCGUCUAAAGAGUAUUACAAAAAGUAUGAACAUGAUGAGCUGCCUGUAAAAGAUAACGGCAUACUUGAUAAUUUUAACAAUGGUUGUUCAGGAAAAGGUGAUGAGGAUAUUAACUCUAUCAAAGAGUUUGAUUUAGAUCAACUGGAAAUUAAAAUAUACAGUAAUAUCUCUGAAGAAUUGCAGACAGACAGCAGUUACGUCCCUAGCCUGGAAUCAAACAUAAAAUUCUUUAAAACAACUGUUCAAGAAAUUUUCGAUAAUUUUUACACACAUAUGAAAGAUUUCGAACAGUAUAAAAAAAGAUUUGAAGAAAUCUUAUCAAAGAGUAAAGAAGAUUCAGUCGCAGAAAUGGAAGACUUUAUAAAAGAUAUGAUUCAACAUAUAAUGACCUCGGAUUCAUCGCUUUCUAACUUUGGUAAAAGAUUAUGUGAACAAAAAUCAUUUGAUAAAGAUACAAAUAUAGCAGUUAAAUAUGAUAAUAGCACUGAUUCUUACCCACCUGAAUCAUUUGAAGGUUUGAACUCCACAAUUGAAGCCUACAUAAACGAUAAUUAUAUGUCUGAUUCUAUAACCGGCGGUAAUUCUAGCAUGAAGUCUGAGAGGAGAAACAUAUUUAACGUAUAUUUUCUUAAUCAAAAACGAUGUCUUCAAUUUAAAAUGAAGGAUCGAAAUAUAGUAUCAGAAAUUAAUAUGAGAGAUUUUAACACGAAAGAUGAAUUUAUAGACGAAAUCGCUUCUGCAGAAAAUAUUAAGAAACUGAAGGCUAAAAACUUAUAUGUAAAAAGUUUAAACCAACAAAAUGAUUGUCGUGGAGAUGAAAGGAACAUACCAGUAAAAAUUUCGAAACCCAAGAAAAAUAUAUAUUUAAACGAAGACUUUACUACUACUAAUGACGUAGGUAAAAAUGAUUUAAGCCGUUCACUGUUUUUUAAAAUUUGUAAUUAUCUUUGUAAAAAAUUACGUAAAGCUAUAUAA